GUGAAAAAUUUCAUCUUCAUUGUCAACAUCUAAAAAAAAGUUGUUAAUUUUCACCUGAAGCGUUCUUCGUGUUCGUCGAGUUUUCGUUGGAAAUAUCUCUUGUAAAUAAUUCCCCCUUCGAUUCGGCGAUUUAAGGAGAUUGUCGUAUAUCCGGGUAUAGGAAGUGACUUGUCAUGUACGGCUGAUACGAGCAAAAGGAGCCCCUGCCCAGCUAAAAGCUCACCUAUCCUGUUUUGGACGGAUCCAGCAUUCGCAUUUGGAAGAGUAAAGCGUGAACCCAAGUCAAGCGUUCCCCCUUUCCAAGGGGAUGGGAUCCGGAGGGGUUACGGUCUACGGUAGACCACUCCUUGGUUCCGUAGUAUGAUCGGCAAGUUUCCCAGGGGAGGAAGUGUCCGUUUUUUGUGAACAAGUGCUCCGCACCAUAGUUGGAAGGGGCCCUUUGAGUGGCUUCUGGGGGAGAAAGUUAAGAGUUUUGUCCCCCCAGAAAGGAAUAGGAAAGGGGUUAAUACAAAGGUUGUGCAAACGCAGAAUGUGCUGGAAGUCCGGAUUUUCGACGACGUCCGGAAUACGAGAAUAAUUUUCUAGCUGGAAGAGAUCGUUCUCCGGAACUUCUCUUCUGUUCUUUUUCUUCUCGGGUAAAGUGCAUAUUUGGAGUGUGUUCUUGUCAUAAUUGGUGCAGUGUUUCGCGGUGCAGCAUACGGGGUCCAACUAGACGGAAUUCGGCGUCUACUCCGUGCGAUACUUAUCGUGGUCCGGAAGUAGGAUGUAACAGUCUGCCAAACAUCGCCGUGUGUUACUUCUUAAUCGUUCGCAGAUUCUGAUCGAAGAGUUCCAGCUCUAAUCAGACUCGGGUACGGUCGAGCGUUUUUAGGUUCCGCGCCUCGUAACCGUGUGAUCGUGAUCGUCCGAUCCAAGAAGAAUCGUGCCCCUGCUUUUUCAGUGAGAAUUCGGUGGAUCGCGCGCUGUUUUCGGGUAAGUGUGUCUCCAAUUUCCCUCCUCAAUCCGUGUCCCCGUUCAGUGCACGCAAAAGUAUGAAGGAGUGGUGCAGGUUUUGAGCCGGAGAGCAAUCGAAAGCAGAAGAUUUGGGGUAAUUAGUCAAGCGUCAAGGGUUGACGGCCCCCAGACCGGAAAAAGUCGCCUCCAUGAAGCACCUGAGGCACAAUGGUACGCGAGACUCGACAUCUUUGGGUUGGAAACUUGCCCGAAACGGUACGAGAGGACAGGAUACGAGAGCAUUUUAAAAGAUAUGGCAGAGUUCAAAGUGUUAGAAUUAUCACCUCUCAGGCGUACAAUCCCACCUCCUUUCUCGACUCAGCAUCAUCGUCCAAGGAGCACCAUCUGCACGGCGACGGCAGCAGCAGCAGCACCCACAACGGACCCAACCUGCUCGACAUCAUCGACGGUUCGGCAGCAGCGACUGCCUCCAUUCAGGCUGCGGCGUCCUCUUCUACUUCCUCCACUGCUCCCGUGUCCUCUUCUGCGUCCUCUAGUACGUCAUCGUCUACACCUGCUGCAGGAUCAGCGGGCGACUUCAGCUCUAUCAAUAGCACUAGUAGUAGUAACAAUAGUGGUAGUCAUAAGAACAUUCCUCCUAGCUUAUUGGGUAAUUGCGGCGGCGGCAGUGGCAAUGGGCUGGUCAUCAGUGUUUGUGCGACGAUUGCCUUCAUGGACAUCAAGUCUGCGUCAAAGGCGCACACCGCCGAGCACAAGUUCGACGACCGCAUACUGACCACGGAAUACUACGAACCAUCGCUACUGACGAUGCCCCCCACCGUGGCCCCAUCAACCUUGAGCGGCGGCAGCGUCAACAAUUGUAGUACAACGACCCUUGGUGAUAGUAAUUGUAAUAGCGCAUCUAGUACUACAAUGCCGAAGCAUGGCAGCGGCGGUAACAGCACUGGUGUGAGCGGUGCUGGAAACAGUAUUCAGUAUCCUUGUCCACCGUCGUCGGGCGUAGGCUUCCAUCCGUCGAUGGGACAGUCUGCUGGCGGCGCCGGUGGCUGUCCCAACGGUAGUAUUAGUAAAUGUGAAUCUUCCGGCGGUAAACUGCUAGGGCUUAGCGAUGAACACGGCUCGUUCUACGAGUGUAGCAAUGGCAAUAGUACCAGUAGUAGUGGCAGCAGUAGUAGUAGGGCGGCCAGCUUCAACCGUUUACAGGGUGGCGACGAGCAGCACAAUGUCCGGCGGAUGUCCUCCGGUUCCAGCGGUGGCGGCGGUGUUUAUUCUAGGGAUCUUUUGGAGGGCAGUGGCGGUAAUGUUGCUGCAGGCAGCGGUCGUGGCCGCCAGCGGGACCGUCCACACUUCCGUAACGGGCCAUACUCGACGAUGGCGGCGGAGAGAGCGAACCCGAUAAGUCACCAUCGUCUGUCGUCCAGCAGCUGGUACAAUAGCGCCAACAGCAGCAACACCGGAAGCGGCGACAACCUCUCGGUCUCGCAACAACAACAACCGCUGAGCGCGGCCCCGCUGACGCCGACUCGCAACGUGUACAGCGCGGUUGUUCAGCCCGACCAUCCCAACCAGCCGUCGACGUCAUCCUGCGCAUCAAACCCCCCACUACCUGUGGCGCCACCCUCCGCCGGUGGUGCAACGUCGACCCUCAACGCCACCAGUAGCACUAACAGCUAUGAGCAAAGCUUUCUCGUGAAGAAGAAGCACAACUCGCGCUCUUCGGACUCGGGAUCGCCGCAGCCCCAGUCGCACUUCCACCAUCAGCCGCAGCACCAUUCUUCGCGGAACACCUCUCCGAUCUCGUCCACCCAUCACGCCACCCCUCACCACCAGCAUCAUCAUCAUCAUCCGGGCGGUGGACCCCUGCAUAACCAUAUCGGUCAUUCCUCGCAGCAGCAGCAUACGCACAAUAGCCGGAGUGAUCGGUCCAACUCGAGGUCUCGGUCUCGAUCGCCCAGCAGCUCCUGCUCGUCUACCCACAGUACAACUACCAGCCAGUCGAACGAGACUUGCUCGACGACACGCAGUCCGGCUAUCCUAGCGCAAGGGGCAGCCCUCAGCAGCAGCGGUGGUCCAUUGUUCGGUAGUUGUCGAGAAGGGCGAUCCGAUCGACUAGACCGGGAUCCGGGUGUGCGGGGAGCAUUACAAUCGGCCGUUACAGUUAGCAACAAUAAUGGUGGAGCCAGCUCGGGUGCAAGCAACAGCAGCGGUUCCGGUGGCGGUAGCCUAAACUGCCACUCAGAUGACAACCGGCCACUGGCGAUUUGCGUUCGAAAUCUACCCGCUCGUUCGUCCGAUACCUCGCUGAAGGAUGGCCUAUUCCAUGAGUACAAGAAACAUGGCAAAGUGACGUGGGUGAAGGUCGUUGGCCAGAGUACCGAUCGUUAUGCGCUUGUUUGCUUUAAAAAGCCCGAGGAUGUUGAGAAGGCUCUGGAAGUGUCCCACGAUAAGCUGUUUUUCGGCUGCAAGAUUGAAGUAGCCCCCUACCAGGGAUACGACGUUGACGAUAACGAGUUUCGACCGUACGAGGCGGAGCUGGACGAGUACCAUCCCAAGUCCACCCGAACUCUGUUCAUCGGCAACCUCGAGAAGGACAUCACGGCCAGUGAGCUGCGGAAGCAUUUCGACUGUUUCGGCGAAAUCAUAGAGAUCGACAUCAAGAAGCAAGGUGUUAGUGCGUAUGCGUUUUGCCAAUAUUCGGACAUUAUCAGUGUAGUGAAAGCCAUGCGUAAAAUGGACGGUGAACAUUUGGGCAGCAAUCGAAUCAAGCUCGGGUUUGGUAAGUCGAUGCCCACGAAUUGUGUAUGGAUUGAUGGAAUCGCAGACGCAGUCGGUGAAGGCUAUCUGAGAUCCCAGUUUGACCUGUUUGGGGCCGUGUCCCAAGUGACGAUAGACCGUGAGCGAAAACUGGCGUUAGUGUUCUUCGAGCAAGUUCAAUGUGCACAAGCAGCGGUGAAAGAAAUGCGCGGAGCGACGCUUCGAGGACGCAAGCUACAAGUGGACUUUGCUUCGCGCGAGUGCCAGGAUGCAUUUUUCGAUAAGUUAGAUAAACAAUCGUGCGCGUCGUUUGGUUCGCCGCGAUUCGAAUCGGGUGUGGGUGGGCGGUUCAGUGGCAAUCGGUACGUGGAGAAUCCCGGUCGUAGCAGAGCUACCUCCUUCAGCCGGCCCGGCAAUCCGUUAAGUCAUAGUGGAGCCGUAUCCCCGCGGCUUGAUCCGUCGCCAGUGUCGUCGAGUCGCGGUGGUGGUUCCGCCAGUUCUCGAUCUCGUAUCGUUCGGUACUCGAACGAUGAAUACUAUCAGGAUGGUACGAACGCUCACGGAAGUGGUAGCGAACGGCGGUUCCGAAACUACGAUGAGUACAGUCAAGGAUCGGCCGCCAGUUCGCACGAGGAUGUAUACGAGUUACACGACGGUUACAGCGGCGGCAGCCACGUGAGGAGUAGUGCUCACGAUCGGCUGCAGCCGUCGUCCACGUCGGACUCGCCACCCCCAACCGUGACAUCCAGCGGUCUGUCCUCGUCGAUCCAGUCUCGGCUGGGCGAAGUGGAACCAACCGUUGGACUAAGUAGGAAGCGAAGCGAGAAAAGUCCAGGUGAUAUACGAUAUUUACAAAAAGAAAGAGUACAUAUUUUAGAACAAUUAGAAGAAUGCCCGUCCAGUGGUGAUGAGUUAGUGAGCCCAAAGAAACGUAUCAAAUACAACCCAGAUGCUCACCCCGGCAGUGAUCCAUCUGAUCAUCAUCAUCAUCCCCAUUAUUCUUCGGUGGCCAAUCCGGCGGCAGUGGCUGGUGAUCCGACGAGUGGUUCGAGCUCUGACCCUGUGAUGCCGUCAUCCGCGCCCGGCCGGGGCUGCGUCGGGGCCGUCAGCAGCGGCGAACAUCACCACUACAAUAGCAGUAGCAGUAGUAACAAUAGUAACCAUUACAACAAUCACCACCAUCACCACCACCACAACAGUGCGGACAGUGGUGGUCUGCAGCCCGGAUUCUCCACUUCUUCCUCGGCGUCGCACCACCGGAAGUGCGUUGAGGUGCGGCGACUUUCGGACUGCAACCUGCAGCAAUCAAAAUCGUUAUCAAGCCAAUCAACGCCUUCAUCUAUGCAUAGUAACAAUAAUAGCAGAAGACCGUCCACUGACAACGCGUCAUUGCAUCAAAGACAUGGUAGCAGUAGCAGUAAUAGUUCUUCCAGUUUACAACAAUCACACCUAGAUAGCGGGCAUCUAUAUUCCCAUUCGUUAAACAAGCGGCGGAAAACGAUCCUUAACAGUGACAACAGUAUGACUGUCAUAGCGAGUGCAGGAUCGACGUCGGUGUCGUCCAACGAACACCACCACUCGUCGCGAGGUCGGGGACACCAAUUACACUCGUUACAUUCGCACGAAGCAAGCGGAGGUGAAAGCGCCGAUGGUUCCCGACCUGGAACACCCCUCUGCGAUGAGCGACCCGAAAACCUUCCACCAAGUGAACCCAGACGAAUACCCACGAGUCGGUCGUACAAUCAGGAACCGCUGAGUUUACCGUUGCCACGGUUUGCGAUACAGUUCCUGCAGCAGUACCGGUUGCAGAAUCAACCAAGUCAACCGUCGUCGUCGGUACCUGCACCUUCAUCACAUUCAUCAUCCAACCAAGCCCUGCCAAGCUCUUCGCUACAUCAAUCUACGUUAUCGUCGACGUCGUCUUCGUUGUCGAACUCUUCAUCGACGUUACCUUGCGUGACUGUCGCAUCGUCUUCGACCUCGUCGCUAUCAACGCAACAGCAGAGCGCUCUAAGUUCUUUGCACGUCGCAUCGUCCAGUGGUGCUAUUAGUGGUCCUUCACUCUCGUCUAAUUCUAGUCUACUAAACAACACUCUGUCGAGUCCACCGCUAACGCACCCUACUAAACUAUCCCUGCUGAUACCACCGAAUACGGGCUCGAGCAGUAGUGCCACAUCAGGCAAUACUCCGGCCACUGCGAGCACAGCCAGCAGCAUGGAGCACGGCAAUCAGGCACCAGCCAGUCCGCUGCGAGCCCCCUCCGUUAGUUCGAAUUCUAGUGACUCCGAAGGUGGUCCAUCCAACUCGCCAUCAUUGGAGGAACGAAUCAACCGGUUGGAUGAAAUGUACGAAAAAUGGUCCGGAAACAGCCAAAGUCGGAUCAACAAUGCCCCCGUUGUUGAACCACACCAUUUCAACGAACGACACCACAACCACCAUUUGUACCACCACAACCAUGCCAGUACAGCCGGAGGCAGUCUUAAUCAAUCGCCGCUCUCAAACGUGUCAUCCUCUUCUACGUCCUCAUUUCGACAUAGAUUCCUGGAGCUUGACGUGCAUGAAGUCCCUCCGUCUGACAUAGUGAAAUCGGUUCUUUCGCGCAAAUCGAUUUUCGACGAAGAUCUCAAACGGUUAGAAAACAUCAGCGACAAAUACGAACCGGGAAUGUUCACGAGUUAUACGAAAAACCCUGCGAAUUUCAGUGCUGUAAGUGCCACUAGCUCGGCCGCUGCGUCCCCGGUCAACACGGUCCUGGCAUCGCAAUCCCCGCUACAUGCACUGAAGGCACAAACACCGCCAGCUCCUAACCUACAACGACUUGGCAGUUGUAGUACCUCUGGAUCUCCAAUGAACAGUCCUCAGCCAUACAAUAGCCCAAAUCCGUCUGUGAAAUCUGGUUUGCAGUAUCCGUUCCCAAGUCAUCCACCGUCAAUGCCAUCGGUAGCUGUUCCUAGUUCUACAUCCUUGACAGUAUCCGUGACGCUGUCUACUGCAGCAAGUACGCUCACUUCUAUCGCCGGCAGUACUAACAGCGGGACGAUAUCAUCGUCUUCCGUUCUCGGCAGCAGUUCGCUUCCUGCUUCAGCUUCCUCCUCUCCUGCGCAUAGCACAAUAUCAUCCGCCCCCGGAACGUGUGCCACGCCAAGCAGCUUACCCAGUACUACUGCAUCGCUAAACACACUCUGCUCAACGGCCUCAUCCCUGAGCUACAGCAGUUCGGCUACCCUAGCAAAUAAACCAAAGACCAAUAUUUUAAAUAAAAGUAUUAGUUUAACGGAAAAAUCAAGUACAAAUAUUAGUAGUAACAACAAUAAUAAUUUAACGAGUAAUAGUAGUAAUCUAGCGAGUACUAGAGGUAGCAGUAGAACUAGCGUAAACGAAUCAUCUGCAUUGGUAGCAAGUACUACAGCCACUGCAACGACAACGAGCAUACCAACACCGAAAGUAUCCUCAGCAAUUUCUUCUUCUUCUUCGUCAUCGUCAUCUGAGAAAGCGACGCCGCCAACGGGUGUCGCAGCUUCCACCACGGAAGGUACCGCACUCGAAGCUUCAACGAGUGCUUUUACCUCUUCCAACAACACCUCCAAAGCCACUGCAGUUACGACAGCUCCACCUGGUAGUACAAAUUCCGGUACAGUUAGAUCCAACAGUAUACCGUCGUUAUCAACGAGUACUUCCGCAGAAGGAGUACAGCAGCAGCAUUCCAAUAGUUCUAGCACUAACUACGGUAUGGACAACAGUUGUGGUAUCGAUAAGGAGGAGAAGCCUAAUAACAAUAGCAGCGGUAGCAAACACCACAAAGACCGGCGGAAACUUUCGACGGCUUCCUCUUGCUCGACCAGUUCGACGGGAUCAAGUACGCCAACUACCUCCUCAAAUGUUCCUUCAUUGCCCGAUUCGAAAACGGGCACCGCGCAUUCCGCAGAUGACGAUCAAUCUCAACAACAGGUGAUGAGCGGGAAGCAUAGCAAACCCAGCAAGUCUAACAACCAUCAUGGCCACAGUCAUAGCCAUGGGCACGGUCAUAGGCAUUCUAGUGACAGCACCAGCAGCUCUAGCAGCUCGGCGUCAAUCAAAAAUCACUACAAGAGUGGGUCCGAUGACUUGAAUGAGUUUGACCGCCUGAAGCGAGAGAUACCAGUGAACACGAUCAACUCGCGAACCAAUUCGUCCAGUCGCAAAGACAAAGAGCGCCAAGAACGUGAAGAGAAGGAACGGAGGCUUGAAGAAGAGAGAAUACAAAAGGAGAAAGAAGAAAUGCGUCGUGCUCAAGAGCUGAAGGAAAAAGAACUAGAGGAACAACGGCGAAGAGAAAGGGAACUUGAAGAACAACGGCGGAGAGAGAAGGAACUGGAAGACCAGCGCCGUAGAGAAAAGGAACUGGAGGAACAAAAGAGAAAGGAAAAAGAAGAAAGCGAGCGCAGGGAGCAAGAGGAGCGUGAACGACAACUUCAACGUGAACUGGAGCUUGAGAAGGAACGACAGCUACAAAAAGAGCGCGAAGAGUUGGAAAAAGCCGAACGUGAAAAAUGGCAGAAGGAAGAAUCCGCCACAAUGGUAAAAGAAUCAUCAAAAGAUGAAUUUGAGUCGUGUGACGGUUUUUCGAAUAAUCACGGCAAGGAGCGUCUCGACCGAGUGAAUUCCACAGACAGCCACCACGCUUCGAAGCGUCGUCACAGCUCUCAGGAUAGCAACGAUUCUGUGCCCGAGGAUGUUAACACUACGAAGAAGCACAAACACAACAACAUUGGCGAUCGUCGUGAUUCGGGUAAAGAGGGUAAGCGAGAAAAACACCACAAAAGUCAUAGCCGGAGCGAUAAAUCAACAAGAUCUAAAUCAUCCUCAGGUUCAUCGACCUCUUCGGAAAAACCGCACUCCCUCAUGAAUGCUUUAUGCAGUGUAGGGAAACACGACAACCAUGACGAGAAACAAAAAUUUCUAUUGGAAGAACGACGCAAGGAGAUUUCAUUCUCUGGCGAUGGCGAUUCUCUGCCACUAAGCCACCACCACAAGAAGAAGGAUCGUUAUCACGAAAAGCAUAAGUCCAAGAAAGAUCGGGAUGCUUCCAGAGACAAAGAAAACACGCAAAACUCCAAUUACCCAAUGGCAGCUUUUGUCGACCACCGUUCAACCAGCGACGAAGAUGAACACAUUCGUCUACAGCACAGGGCGGAACACAAAAGCUCCAAGGAUUACAACAGGCGAUUUCACACGGAGAGUGGUGAAGAGUACAAGAAAUACGACAGAAAGCUUAGUCGAGCCGAAUCUUCCGCUGAUGAAGAAGGUAGGAAGAAGAAAAAUCGCACCAACAACAGUCGAACGAAGACCACCAACAGCUCGGAUACGGAUGAUUCGGAUGAACCCAAAAAGCAUUCGAUCUUCGAUAUCCCCGAUGAUGGCCCCAACAUUUCAAUGUACGAUAAGGUGAAGGCACGCUCCUGCAAGAACAUGCAGCGACAGGAGGAAGAGAAGAAAAUCAAAGCCAAGUUUUCGAAGUUGAAGCAAAGCCGGGCUAAACGCGAGGGCAAAAACCGUUCAAAGAGUUGGGACGAAGAUUCCGACACGGAUGGCAUGAACUCCGAUACAACCAUCAACAGCAAGUACAACCAUAAGGAUCAUUUGAAUAAGAGUGGCACAAUCACCACAUCGGACGACGAUGACCAUCUGCCGUCCACGCCCAGAAUGAGACGACCCAAGGAACCGCUUGCGACGGAUUCAGAUGAGGAGAACAACCGAAUUCGUUCCAACCGUGAUCGAUUGAAUGAUCUCUGCGAUGACGAAAGUUCCGAUGGAGAGCUCACACGUAAACGAGUACCCUCCACGCCUCGCCGGAGCUCCAAUGAAAAGAACAUGUCAAGGAAGAGCUCACGGUCAACCAGAAUACAAUCAGAAACUGAUUCCGAUGAAAAUCAUGACAGCGAGAGAGAAAAACCCGCUACACCUAAUUGUGACAGUAAACACAAGAUUUCGGCGGUCAAGGUAGAUCACGUCACCAUCAAGCAGGAAAUAAAAAGCGAAGAAGAUACGCAGGAGGAAAUAAGAAAACUGGAAAUCAAGGUAGAAACGAGAGUACAACCUCCAUCUGCUUUGGUGACGAGUGAUGUAUCCGAAGACGAAGAUGUCAGCAAACCUGUAAUCAAAUCAGAACUAAUUCCUAGCACUAUGAUCAAGAGAGAACCCGUUGAUGAAGGGUUCAGCAAGAACCGAUUUGGUGAUGUGUCAUCCGAAGGGGAACCGAACAUGAUAACGGUGGCCAAUGCUGAGAUAGAAAAUACGGUUAACAGUGCUGUUGACCAGUUAAUGUAUGGGCACUCGGAGGGCAAGAAGAGACACAAGAAGAAGCAGAAGCGACACAAGAAUGUCGAAGGUUCGGAGUCGGAAGUGAAGAGUGAAAAAGAACAUUCACCACAUGACGAAGGUGGUUCCACAAAUGCUAUGUUCGACGAGCUGAAAAAAUCCUCUGACGAUCAGGUUUACAUCAGUUCGAAGAAGAAGCAUGGCGGUAAAAAGGAAAAGAGGCGAGAUCGGUCGAAGGAAGAUCACGAAAAGUCUGGUAAGUCUAAAAAGUCGAAAAACAAACACAAGGACUCGAACAAGGUAACUGAUCCCAUGUCAAACACAGUGAAACGCGAAGAAAAGAUUGAAGACAUCUUUGGACCAAUAUCGGAUGAAGACUCACCGCAUUCGUCAGUUGAAACCGAAGUGUCGAUAAAACAAGAGACAACUGAUGCUAAAGCUGAGGAUCUCGCUAGACCAGAGGAACAGCAUACCGAAUGUGAGCCAGCAACGGAGAAAGAGAAAACUAAAGAAGAGUCCAGGAAGAAAAAGGAGAAAAAGCGUCGCGAACGCGAAAAACUUCGGGCUACGAUAACGAUGAAAGAAGAAGAAAAUAGUGUGGAUCUGGAUGAAGCAGGCCGAGCCCUUGAAGCACAGCUCAUGAGUGAUUCGGACCAAAAAGCCGAAGAUGCUUCACCAACUUCAACGGCAACGAACAGUGGAAAACGCUCCUCCGUAGAUGUGAUGGAUGUAUUCCGAUUCACUGACGGAGAUGAUAGUAUGGAGACGUCGUUCACUGAGAAGAAGGAAUCCGAUCAUGGCCGCAAAGAGAAGAAGAAGAAAAAGAAAAGAGGUAAAGAUGAAAAGCACAAACAUCAUCAUGGUAGUAGCAACAAUCAUACCAACCUUCCUACAACAACACCCAUCACGCCAACAGUGAAUAAGCUGUCUUUGGACAUAAUAUCCGCCCAACAAGAGGAUAGUAAACACAGCAUCAGUAAACCAUCGCCUAGCUUACCAUGUCUGCUUGAUGAGGGUUCUCCGGCAACUAACAGUAGGCAACCCGCUCAACCAAUGUACGCCUCAACGCCAUCCAGGCAGCUUUUGUCGCCAACUCCGUCUGGUCAUGAACUGGCCAGCUCAACACCAACCAAAGAAGAAGUGGAACCACAGUCGGUCGGUACUAAGGAAGAAAAUUCACAAUUAAAACCUGUUGAUUCUUCGCAGUUGAAACGGAAACCCGACAAGCUGAUCCCUGGGUUCGGCACUGAAAUCGACGAACAGUUGCACGAAAAGGCGGUUCUCUCAAUUUCCGGUGAAUUUAUCACUGAAAUGGUGAAGAAAGAUGACGUCAAGAACCCGGAUCCAGUUGAAUCGCUGAAGAGCAAACCGGAAGAAGUUAAACUAGAAGAGAAGUCGAGGGUAGUGAUAUCUCAAGAAGAGACCGAAGACGCAGUUGCUGCCCUUCUUGGCGAAAGUUUUGGAACGUCGAACGCCCAAGACUUUUCAAUAGAUUAUUCCGUGGAUCCAGCUGAAGAAUCUUCGUCGCAACUAGUUUCCGAUUCACCUCAAAUCCCUGAGGAGGAUAACGAAGAAAUUAAGAAAGCCAUUCUUAGCUUGAACACUGAAGGUCUGGACAUGAAACCAGACACUCCAACAUCCGAACACGACCUACAAAUUGACACUGAUACUGAUGAUCAGGGUGAUGAGGAGCACCCGGCAAGUUUGCUACGGUUUGACAAUCCACCGAAAACUCCAGAUGUUGAUCUGAGUCAAAUUGGUAAGCCCUUGUCAGAUACGUUAAACAGCACUACUUCAGCGCCAAAUUCGGCAAAGAAGGAGGAUAAAAUGGAGAUUCCGGACACACCUGGCAAAAAUGUUCAGAUACUGGACGAAUUACCACCAGCGACCACUUCUCAAAGUGCACCAGUAUCAACAGUCAUUGCUACGACAUCUACCACCUCAGCAUCAAUCGCCAGCAUUGCGUCAACUGUUGUAACCACCAGUGUAACAAGCGCCACCAAGCUACUAGCAGUUACGCAAGCACCAACCGUGGUACAUAACCCGAAACCGUUGACACCAACAACUGCAGCAGGAGUGUUGGAUACUCAUACGAAGGUAAUCAGCACAGUACCUCCGGCUUCUAAGCAAGUCGCGGUUACGAGCUCGCCGAUUUUGCCAGUCCAGAGCAAACCAACACAAAUUGUACCCCCGAAAACUACAAUUGUUAGUCAACCAACAAUGGCUGGUGGUUUACCGCAGAUUCGACAGCAGUUGAUAAUGCAGGCACCGCCUACGAUUACCAUCCCUGAACAGCAUAUUAUGUACCAACCGAUUGAUGCGAUGAUGUCUCCCAGAGGUCCAACCGGAAAUGAUCCCAGAAUGCAAUCGCCAAAAAUGCAACAACAACCACAUUCUCCAUUUUCACGAACGGCGUCCCCAACUGCAACUAGUCCAAAUAUGCUGAGGCCACAGUUGAUAGCACAGAAUCGUCAUCCUUCUCCGCUGAGCCCAGUGGUUGGAGCUCAUCAGAUGGUUAUCCAUCCACCAGUGAGUCAUAUUGUGGUUUCAUCGCCAAAUCCAUCCACACAGUUUAUUCCGAAACCUUCACAGAUUGGCAGUCCUGCUCCCCGUUUCCCUGUGGUAACUAGCCAUGUUAAAAUGCCGAUUUCUUCCCAAAAACCAAACGAGCCAUUGCCGUUAGCAAAACAGACCAUAACCACAUUUGCAAAUAUGGGCAUGGCUCCCGGAACGCGUGUUGUCACGACAGUGCCUUGCACAACAUCCAUGCCGGCACUUGGCAACGAAAACCCUUCGAUCUCAAACAUUGGAACAAAACCGGCGGUCAGUUCAGCACCGAUACCUGUCUCAACCACUUAUGUCAUUCACCCUGCCACAAAACCACUGGAAUCUGUUCAGAAGGUGUCUCCAGGUACCCCUACAAAAGCAAUAAUCCACCAGCAACCGGUGUACCUCCAGCAUCCCAUCAAGCAGUUUGUGCCGCAACAUCCUGCUCCGAUGCAACCGCACAUGGGAAUGGGUCAACAACCCAACCGUCUGCUACAACCCGUAUCUGCGUCAGCAACUAACGUAAUCGUUACCAAAUCUCAGGAUCCAAAGCCUCUGAACACGAUUUCAACCAUUACUUCAAAUCCGAACCAUCUAAUGGGAUCUACAAGUUCCAGUUCGCCAAUGGACACGCCUCUGUCUGUUGCGAAGCUUAAUGCUGAGAAACUAGUGGAACCUUCCAAGGACAAGAUGCCUUCUCCUGAAGAUAAAGGGCGGGUCCAACCGACGAGUCAAGCAAAUGCAAUUCCACUACCGCCUGCCGUUAAGCUCGAAGCUCCAACAUCUGUUGACGAAUCUGCGCGUUCUUUGCUUACUGAAGAAAAUGUCGCCAAAAUACCCGACAACUCAGGUUCGGCAAACAUACUGGAUAUUGAUCAAGAGGACCAGGAAGCGGACUCCAAGGAAGAUAGUGAUUACUGGUCUUCCAAGGAUACUAUAAUUGAUUCUGUGAUCAAGAAGGUCGAUGCGCUCUGCUCUGAGGACGACAUCUCGGAAGGCGGUUCUGAAAUCAACAAAGAUGAAUGGAACAAAUUGGAUGACAAAGCAAAGGUGGCUGAACAAGUGACAAUUCCACCAGUUAUUUCAGUCCCAUCGGGAGCUAAAGCAUUUGAAGCACCCAAAGUGGAAGAAAAGAAGAUUGAACCAAUCACUUUGCCCAGUACCAUUCCGUCUACUAUACCUGUUCCUAAUCCCACAAUGCCGGUGCCAGCCACGGUACAAGCAACGCCAACUGUCUUGGAACCUUGUCCUUCGGCACCUGAAGAAGAUGAAGCUCAAACAGGAUCGAUUGAAACCACACCUCCCUCCCGAGGAGGAAAGCGCGGAGGAAGACGAGGCGGAAGAAAAACAUCUGAAAGUGUUUCAACGCCAGUCAAACCAGAGGUUCAGGAAAAACUGCCUGAAGUUGAUGCGUCUACACCGUCUAAACGCGGUGGAAAGGCAGGUUCUAAGCGAGGAAGAGGUGGCGCAAGAGGAGGUACUGCCAGAGGUGGGGCAUCAAACGUUCAAACUGCGGCAAUGCCAGGCGGAAAAGGUAAACAUCCGAACUCGGGAUCGGACGUCUAUGAAUUUCAUGAUGAUUCUGGCGAGGAAGUUGCUGGAAGCGAUAAACAACAAGUGGAUGGAUCACGCCCAAGGUUGAUUCUUACGAUCAAGAACCAGGGAACAACUGCAACCCCAACACCAGGCACCAUCACUGCUCCGGUUGUCGUGACUGCUGCGCCGGUCGUGCAUCCUACUUUAACAACUGUUGGUACCAUCAGCACUCCGUCUGCACAAUUACAACCAACGACGUCUUGUCCAGCCUCUCAACCGCCAUUAGAAUCCCAAAGUAUCCCAGCACCCGCUGCAGAUAUUGGAAAGGAGGAGUUCAUACACCCCACGUCAGGAAAUACUCGCAAAUCACGUCGUUUGUUGGAGAAAGAUGGUCGCACCACUGUGGAUGAUAUCAUAGACGACGUCAUCCGUAACGGUCCGUCAUCGUGUUCAAUGCCAAGCGCACCUGCUCAAGUAUCUUCUCAACCACCGCUGAUCCUUCAGCAGUUUCAAUCACAACAAGUGGUCAAUCAGGCCGGUCAGAUUAUUUCAUCAGCACAAACCCAUGUGCAGUUGCCGCCGCAACCGAUGGCCCCGGGCGAUCUUUCCGGUCCAUUGGGAAGAAGGAACACAAGGCACAAUACUGGCCCUGCUAAUGCAAUGGGUCCCGAUGCACGCAAGUCACCGCGUGCUGGUCGUAAAGGUAAGGAUCGUAAGAUAUCGGAAACAUCCAACGAUAGUAAUGACGAACGUGCAUUGAGCCUUACAAGGCAAAUCCAUUCGGAUGGUAAAGCUGACGAGACAGCUGUUCCUGGAACAUUAUCUGCAACAACACCGAUUACUCCGAGCGUUCCGGUAACUCGGCCAAAUGAGAUGGCUUCGUUGGCAGACAAAUCAAAGGAGAAGUCCAAAUCUGCUGACGACGUCAAGAUGGAGCUCGACCCAGCCACCGGUGAGCUUACAGUAACUCGACACGGAAAAGACGGUCAGUUUUUGAAUAUGCCGAAUGCUCCUCAACCGCUUAAGAAAGUCAUAGCAGCGGCUGCGAAUGCGGCUCAAAGUGCAAUCGAUCAUCACAAAUCAUCCCCUACACAACCGGUUUCUGCGUCGGCCUCGCCGAUCCCCAACAAAACACCGAUACUAGGAUUAGCAGCUCCACCUGGCAUGACGAGGGUUCCUACGCCGAACACUACUGUUAAUCCACAUCCUACUCAACAAAUGGAAGUUCAGAAGAUGUCUUCAGCUGCAUUGGCCAAACAGACCACCCCGUUGACAAUGCCUUCUCAAACUACUAACAUUACGGCGCCUACUGUAGUCGUACCAUCGCCGCAUGCUAGUACUGCCACUGUACUCAUCCAGCACUCUUUGGGUCCUGGAAUGCAGCAACCUCCAACAGUCCUGCAGCAGAAUGUUCCAAAGCCGCACUCAUUGAAGGCACAUGUACUUGGCUCACAGCAGAUCAUUAGUCAGCAAGCUCCGCCUGGGAAAUCAGUUUACCCGCCAUCAACGCAAUCUCAACCACAGAUCGUAUACAAGUCGGUCAUUCCUCCACAAGCAGGAUCUGUUUCGGGGGCAAUACACACCACAACUGGAAAGCAGAUACACCCCAGCACCAGCAUGAAAUUGCCUCCUCAGGGAAUACCACCGCAAGGCAUGGCUCAGCAUCCCGCACAACAGCAGAUUAUCAUUCAAAAUCCGAUGCCACAGCAACAAAUGACAAUCAACAAGCAUACGAUCAUCAACAAAGUUGGGCCACCACCGCAACCGGGUCAUCCCUCAGCUAUACAUCAUCCACCCGGUAGUGGAAACCUUCUGAUCAAUAUUCCUCCCAAUCUUCAUCAAAUGGGAAACAUUCCUAUGUCUCCGAGAAUGCCUCACCAGGUUGUUAUUACCAACCCCAAAGGCCAGCCGGGACAGAUACAGUCUCAACAACCACAUUCCCCGCAAGUCGUUCACAAACAGGGCAACCAACUUCCGCCGCUGAAUCAGUCGGGUCCACAAGGAGCUCCGCAACAAAUCAUCAUUCACAGCAACAAAGCACCACCUGGGCAUCAUCAGAUCCCCGCUGGAUACACGGUGUUGCAAAGUGGUGGCAAAAUUAUCCACCAGGGUCCGGUACAGCUUGGACAUGGUCAACCAGGACAACAACAACAGCCAGGUGUGCUUGGAAAACAACAACCGCAAACCAUCCAAAUUUCCACUGCAAGUGGAGUUCCGAUCCAAUAUCAGCAACCCAUCAUGAGUCAGGCUACAGUGGUACAUAAAACUGUAACAACGGUUCAUGGUGGUCAACACAUCAAAAUACAACAGCACAAGGUUGGGCCAGAAACCGUUGCUCACAUGCAUGUCGUUGGAAAGCAUUCUACAGGGCCUGUGGGCUCUAAGAUUACGCUUCAGCAGCAACAGCAGCAGCAACCAGUUGGAUUGGUCAAACCGAAUCACAUCAGUUCAUCCGGGCCCGUUCCGGGGGUCAGUGGCAACCAGCAACAACAGAACGCUCCUCCACCCUCACCAUCGCAGCUGGUGACAAUUCAGCAAGGCAAAGGAGUAUCUCCUCACUUGCAUGCCCAGCCGCAGAUACUAACCGGUGCCGUCGCAAGUCCUCCGCUGAAGCAACCUCACCUGCAGAGCCAACAGCCGAUUGUAACGGGUGCGAGCAGCUCUCGCGUAGCUGUGCCAUCGAUCAGUCCACAGGGACAACCAGGUCAACAGCCGCCACCGCCCGCAUCUCAUAUGCGGCACGUGCAACAAUCUGGCGGCCACAUUGUACCUUCGCAGGCCUAUGAAUCCAACCAGCACGGAGAUUUGGUGGCGGGAUUUAUCGCUCGGGGACAAAGUCCUCCGCCGGCCCAUCAGCAGCAAAUGUCGCCAAUCACACCGGUAGUAAACGACCCAACCUUCCGCGGCGGAAUGUCUCGGGAGUAUGCCAAGUAUAUGUACGGCAGAGGAAACAUCCACAUACCAAGCAGGUCACCGAUGUUGCCCGGUUCCGUGGAUCAGCGUGAGUUGUCCGAAAUGGAAGAAAGUGUGGCAGCGAGUCCGCCUCUCGAGUUGCGUCGCCCAGCGAGUGGUCCACGUGUCCAGACGACGACUGCUGUUCCGAGCAGUUUGCAGAGUCCUGGCGAUCGUUCGACAGAUUCACCACAAGUGGCGCAAGUGUAUAUUGCAAGCGCUCGUGUUCCACACAAUUACACGGAUUCACUUACCCGCUUUUACGACCCGGCAGCAGGACCGAACGCCCCUCCGCGGGCGUUAAGUGCUGAACCACCGCCGGCACAUCGCCCACACAAUUUGAUCAAUACCGGAGCAGGAUUCCCUCCGGGAUCUUACCCUGGAACUCCUAGUCAGACUCCACCUCCGGCAUCGCCAGCUAAUCUGGCUCCACAGCCACAAUCCCAACAGCAGCAGCAACAGCGUGACCGUGUCUCUUUGACAGGUCACGCAGCGGUCGCUCCGGUAUCCGGUGCUCCGUUGCCCGCCCAUAGUGGAAGCUUGCCGGUUCCACUGAGCCAACAGCAAACUCAACAACAACAGCAACAGGCUGCUGCUGGCCGAAAUUUGCAGGCAGCGACACCACCAAUUGGAGGAGCCGCUACUGCCCCAAUGCCGUCUGCUGGUCCUUCCGCACCGGCACAGAGUGAUUCGCUGGAGGCACUACUUCAGCGCUAUCCGGUCAUGUGGCAAGGACUGCUGGCACUGAAGAACGACCAGGCAGCCGUUCAGAUGCACUUUGUGCAUGGCAAUCCGGGUGUGGCGGGCAGCUCGUUGCCCAGCAACAGCGACGGCACGACGCCUCCACUACGGAUCGCUCAACGGAUGCGCCUUGAGCCGGCGCAAAUCGAUGGUGUCGCACGGAAGAUGCAAAUGGACCAAGAGCACUGUAUGCUUCUGGCGUUGCCGUGCGGUCGCGACCGGAUGGAUGUGCUCCAGCAGCAGAACAACCUGCAGACCGGCUUCAUCACCUACCUACAGCAGAAGCAGGCCGCCGGCAUCGUGAACAUUGCCGCGCCGGGCAGUUCGCAGGCGGCCUACGUCGUACACAUCUUCCCUUCGUGCGAGUUCGCGAACGAGAACCUGGCACGGAUCGCGCCGGACCUGAUGCACCGUGUGGCCAACAUCCAGUACCUGUUGAUAGUGAUUGCCACCGUGUAGGAAGGAGACGCCGCGGAUGAGGUGCGGUGAGUACGAUCCCAAACUUGUGACAAAGUACCCCUCGAAUUUUGACGACGCAAAUCGAAACAGCACCAGCAGGAAAGUGGUGCGUUCGAUGGAAGAGGAUGCGAAUUGAUCUCAUUAAGAUUAUAAUACGGAAACAUAUUUUAGUGGUAAGCUACUACCAGCUAGAGGAAGGAAGCGCGGGAGAGAUUAAAGGGAAAUUAGGGAAUCGCCGUCACGACAACCCGUUAGUGCAGUGAUAGGACGAUAGGGUUUUAAAAAAGCAGAAUAGGAAACACGUGUUGAAAAGAAGGUUACUUAUAGAGAGUUUGUGAGACAGGAUUAGAAAAAGGAGAGUAGAACGUUGGAAGAUAAGUUGUUGAGUAAUAUGGUAAGAUAUGAGUAAAAAAGCGGUACACUAUAGAAAGCUAUAAUUAAGUGGUUGAAUAUUCUUAACAGAACUACAGAGAAAAAGGCAGAAUUUGCAAAGGGUUGGAGCUGCGCAGCUUAAGUUGUACGUAGUUCCUUUCGAUGUUACGCGUGAAAAUAAUGGCGUAAAUCGUGGCGUGAAGAUGGAAGAAGAAGUUGAAGGAAGUUUAUGUGACAACUGUGAUUUUGAUCAUAAUUUUUAAGUAUUAUGAACUCUUUAUAAUGUAAGCCACCGUGAAGCAAAAAUAAUAAAAAAAUAAAAAGAAGAAAUCCACAUCGGACAUGAGGCGACUUGUUGAAUAAUUACGAGAAACCGCUGCUGAGUCCUACUCUUGGUUUGGCAGUGCUUCAUUUGGAGUAACGAUCCAAAUACAUCGGAGGUGUUCAAUAUAAUUAGGAUCGGUAACAUUUUGGCACAGAAAAUCAAAAACAGAAGUCUAAUGACUUCUCGUCUUGGCUAGAAAAUUAUUGUUGUCAAUUUGUUCGAGGGUUGCAGUAUUUUUUUGUUCAGCAAGUCAUGGAAUAACGAUCUUGGUUUCGUAUAGAAAUAUUUUCUUACGUCGGUCCUGGAACCCACAGAAAUUAGAAUAUAGAAUACAGUUUAGAAUACAUUUUCGUAUUUCCCAACAGCUUUUUUGUCAAAUCAUUAAACUGCAUUUGGGGGUUCUUGCUAAUUUGUUACCCACGAUGUUCUUAUCCUAAUUAUUUUGAGUACCGCCAUACAUCGGAGGAUGGAAAACUGAAACUGAAAGAGAUUUUUUGUACAUGCUGGUAAAAUGAGUUCAGGAGGAGAGUUCUGGUUCUCCGCUUCCUCUUCUCAUUAAUUCUAAUUUAUUGAAUCAUUGUUUUCUUUUUUUUUCUGUUGACAGGUGUGUAAUAUAGGUUCUUUUUAGUUUUUGUCUUUAUUCCUGAUAAAGGAAACGAUUUGUACGAUAUAUCGAAGCGCGCAGAGUGGAGCUGUCGUAAACUAUUUAUAUUAUGUAAAUACAAUAGAGCGAAAGUAAUUGUUGAAGCUUAAAUAUUAGAUUUACUCUGAUAGUGUGUAACUGAUGACGAUGAUGAAGAAGAAAAAGAAGAAGAAUAAUUAAUGAGGUUAUAAAAUGUAUAAAAUCAAUAUUUCAUAUAAGCUAACUGUAAACGAUUCAAGGUAGGUCUCAUAAACUGUUUCUAAGGAACGAUAAUGUUUGCAUAAAUCGUGCAACAUUGCUGUCAAAUAAAGGAAAAAGAAAAUCUAGGCAAUAAGUUCCCUACGAUUGAAGUUAUUGUUUUAUUUUUAAAGGAAAUAACUUAAGGCUAGUACUACGUGCAGUUCACACACACACACCCCAUUUGUGUAAAUAUAAUCUUAAUACAUGGCGUUGCAGAAAAAAACAUAAACGUCAGAACAUAAUGCUGUUUUAGAAGUCUACAGUGAUAAGAACCUAAACCACAGAAUAUUACGCAGAAUUCUUGUUUGUACAUAGAUUACUGAAAAUGAUACAAACCCAACAAUCACCUGCACAGGAUUGCAAACCGAUAUGUGUUGCGGUGAUGACAAAGUGACACAACAUGAGUGCAAAUAUUUUGCCACAGUCAUUCGUUCUAUCGAUUCAUUUUUCUCCUGAAUGAAAACCUAGUUUUGUGAUGCCGCCAGUUGACGCUGCCACACAUAAUAACAUACAUACAUACGUUCAUAUAAACAUACUAGCCUGGGUCAUCAUUUGUAUGAAAUGAGGAAACAUGCAAAUUUGCAUUCUCAUUUGGAAGUUCCUAAUAAAUGUGCUAAAUAUUGGAAGAUAUCAGUUGUUUUCCGGAUUAUCACAUUGUUUUUAAUUUUGGAUCUAAAGUAGUAAUGAUUUCCAUAAAAUAAUAAUAGAGUAACAUUUUAAAAUCAAUGUCAACAAAAAACAAAGUUUCAUGUUGAAAAUGUCUCUCAUACUAAAUUCUAUUCAAAUUAUUGUUCAAUACGAAAAUCUGUAAAAUUGACUAACAUUCCCAAAAAUAAUUGUCCAAUUAUUGAGAACUUCAAAUGGGAUCAAAAUUGCCAUAUUCAAAUCCGAUCUAUUUGACCCAUCCUAGUGCAUACAAACCAUACACACGUGUCCUGCCCAUGGUUGUGAACCGCGCCUAUUUGCAGAUAAGUUUUACUCCUUAUUAGCAGCGUUGCACAAUUGGUUAAUGUGCGGGAGGAGUUUCAGGCAGCUUUUGUAACGUUUCUUUGUAACGUCUUGUCAAUGUUUUGUUGUUCGGCACGUGACCCCACACUACUUCACGUGCCGAAAUGCUUGAAGGGCGCACUGUUCUACAAACGGAAAUAAAAAAAACGCAUAAUGUUUCGAUUCGUAUAUUUGUGUCAUUUGAAAUUCGUAGCGCAAAAGAUAAAUUGCUCAUUAGAUUGGUAGAAAUGCCGGUAUUUUCACUUCCACCGUUGUGAAGAACUAAAAAUAAAUAAACUCAAUGCAACCCGUAGCAGAGAAACCUAAUUCUGAAAACGCGUUGUAAGAUAGAAAAGCAACUCUAUUUAGAUAGCAAAAUUAUAUGUUUGUGUACUGAAUGUGAGACCCACACAUGAAAACGAACAAUGACUUAUAAAAGAAAACAGCAAGCUUACCCAAAUUGAAAUAGCGCGUCAGUGGGAACGUCCCUAGCUGCACUCUUUCCCUAUGGAACAGGCACUGUGGCCGAAAAAAAGGAAAGAAAUAUUCAUCAAAAAUAAAAAAAAACACACAUCUAUUGUUAUAAAUGAGACGAUUAAAACAACCAUAAAAAAAUUAACCAAUAAUCAAUUGAAGAAACCAUCGAAGCAGCAGCGUUGAAUGCAAAAACACACACAUACACAAAACUUUAAUAGUAGUCGCGCGGGAGGAAAUGCACUACCACCCGCACGCGGUAGAACACAACACAGAGUAACUCUACACGUUAGGACAAAAAUAAUGGGGAAAAAACACAAAAAACGCAAAAUAAAACUACUACAAUUAUGAAAAAUAAACAAACGAAAAAAAGUGGAAAAUGAAAAAAGUUAAAACAUUAAUAUUAAUAUUAACUGAUUGUGAUCAUAAUGAAAGAAUAAAUUGUACCUUUCUUGUAUAUUUUGUACAUAUUGAUUACGAUUAAUGAUUAAAAUUGCAAGGAAUAAAAUAUUUAAAAAAA